CUGCCCUCUCGGCUCUCGCUUUCACGGCUCGCCAUCCAUCCUACCCCUCCAGCGGGCGCAGGCCGCCGCAGCGAGUAGCUAGUAGCUGCCCUGCCCGGCCCUCUCUUUCUGCUCUCGGUUGAGUUCUCGGUCUCGGCUUUGCCGAAAGAAAGGCACCCGGAACCCGACGACAGCGGCGGCAGUCGAGUCCGGGGCAAAGCGGGGAUGAGGAGGGUGGAAAGGGGGGGCGGGAUAAAAAGGCAGGGGGUGGAGGGGAGGGGGAAGGGGAGGAGAGGCUACAGCGGCGGCAGCAGGCGGGCUGAGCAGCAGAGCGCAGCGCACCGCAGGGUAGCAGGAGGACCGCCGCUCGGAAAGUGCGGAGCCGUUUCGUCUCCCCCCUCUAGCUAGCUCUUCCAGGGCUUGCCUCGGCCCGUCCACUCGCCCACGCGGCCACGCCUCGCGCACUCCAGGGGGCAGGGCAGGUGCUCUCGUCUCGAUCGCUGCUGCUGCUGCUGGUGGUAGCGCGCGUGCCUGAUCGCCCUCGCGCGCCAUGUCGUCCGCCGCGGGCGGGUACGGCGGAGGGGCGGGGAGCGGCGCCGAGCCCCACUGCCACGGCCACGCCCACGGCGACUUCCUGCUGCACCACCACCAUGCACAGCACGUGGCCGCGCAGCAGCUCUACCACGUGCCGCAGCACAGCCGCCGCGAGAAGCUGCGGUUCCCGCCGGACGACGACUCGCCCCCGCACGCCUCCGCUUCCGCCACGCAACACCAGCACCAGCAGCACGCCGGGGCGGCGUGGCCUCCGCCUCCGCCGGGGUUCUACUCCUACGCGUCCUCCUCCACGUCGUCCUACUCCCCGCACAGCCCCACGCUGGCGCAGGCGCAGCUCGUCGCGGCGCACGGCCACGGCCUCGCCCCGCCGCUCGCGUCGCAGAUCCCGACGCAGAACUUCGCGCUCUCGCUCUCCUCCUCGUCCUCGAACCCGCCCCCGCAGCAGCCCAGUAGGCCGCUUGGCGCCCCCGCGGGCCCCUUCGGGCCCUUCACCGGCUACGCGGCGGUUCUCGGCCGGUCCCGGUUCCUCGCCCCCGCGGAGAAGCUGCUCGAGGAGAUCUGCGACGUGGGGGGCACGGCCCCGCACGUGGACCGGACCGCAUCCGACGAGUCCCUGCUCGACGCGGAUCCGAUGGAGGGCCUCGAUCACGACAUGGACGGCGCCGACCGCGCCGCCUCCGACGCCGGGCCCAUAUCCGGCGCCGAGCAGCAGUGGAAGAAGACCAGGCUCAUCUCCAUGAUGGAAGAGGUCUGCAAGAGGUACCGCCUGUACUACCAGCAGGUCCAGACUGUCAUCAACUCGUUCGAGACGGUCGCUGGGUUCAGCAACGCUGCCCCGUUCGCCGCGAUGGCGCUGAGGACCAUGGCGAAGCACUUCAAGUGCCUCAAGGGCAUGAUACUGAGCCAGCUGCGGAACACGUCCAAGGCUGCUGCCGGGAAGGAGGGGCUCAGCAAGGACAUCGCCAUGUUCGGGCUCGCCAGCGGCAGCGCCCCCGCCCUUCAGAGAGCGAGCAGUGCGGCUGCGUUCGGCCAGCCGCACAACAUCUGGCGGCCGCAGCGAGGGCUCCCAGAGCGUGCUGUCUCUGUGCUCCGCGCUUGGCUGUUUGAGCACUUCCUGCAUCCAUAUCCUACUGAUGGUGAUAAGCAAAUGCUAGCUAAACAGACGGGUUUAACGCGGAACCAGGUAUCGAAUUGGUUCAUCAAUGCAAGAGUCCGGCUCUGGAAACCAAUGGUGGAAGAAAUCCACAACCUCGAGAUGAGGCAGGUCCACAAGCAUCCAGCCCUUGACAAGAGCCAGCACGCCAUGCAUCACCAGACCCAGCAUUCGUCUGAGAGCAGCAGGAAGCCCUCAGAUCCUUCCGACUCCCAGCUGGGCCAAAGCAGUAGCAUCACUCGGAACCACAGCAUCCCUGCCUCUCAGGGCUUCCCGGACGAGCUCUCCCAGAUGUCCCACUCCAUCCAGCAGGGGCAGGUCACCUUCGCGUACAACGGGCUGUCGACUCCGCAGCAUCAGCACAGCCUCACGUCGUCACAGCAUCAUCAGCAGGUUGGAUCAAUGAGCGGCAUUGGCGGGUCGGGGAAUGGCGGUGUGUCCCUCACCCUUGGACUCCACCAGAACAACAGGGUGUGCAUCGCCGAGCCGCUCCCUGCGUCCCUCCCACCCAACCUUGCCCACCGUUUCGGCCUGGAGGAGGUCAGCGACGCCUAUGUGAUGGGCUCGUUUGGAGGUCAGGACCGGCAUUUUGGCAAGGAGAUCGGUGGCCAUUUGGUGCAUGAUUUUGUUGGCUGAUAUGGCUGCUAGUGCGAUUGCUGCUCCUGCAUCUGUCAGUUUUCUGAUGGUGCAUAACCUUGUAUUGUACCACUACUAGUAUGCUAGAAUGGUAUAUAAGUGGAUCACUUGGUGGCUUUGGCUUGAUCACUUUGAAUCGAUUUCUUUGGAGGUAGAGGAAAAACGUCACUGACUAGUCAGCCCUUAUUGUAGAUCCAGGUGUGUUGCCAAAUAUUUGACUUGCUGGGCUAAUACAGAGCAUGAGCCUACCUUCCCAAGUCCCCAAUACGUGUUGGCUCUGAGAUGAGAUUUGAUA